GCUUUCGGCUUCUUCCCUCCCCUCUCGCAUUUGGCUUCAAGCGCAGGAUGAGAUUGUAAGGCUUGUCAAUCUCAACUUGUUUGCCAAAAAGAAUCCCCCUCGACCAUGCCGAAAGUCAUCAGUUACACUCCGCCGUGGCUCUCGCGCCCGGCGCCGGGUGCCUCCAUCUUUGCCAGCUCCGGCUCCAAAUCACCAGAACAUACACCCGGAACGAAAGAAGUCGUCUAUUCGGGACCUACGCGCAUUCAAGCGAAGCGGGGGAAUGAACUGUUUACCGUCGUCGAUAACCAGAUUCGCUGGUCCAGCCUGACCAGACUGAAGGAUGAAUGGCAGCACAACUCCAGGUCGAAUGACAAGCAGCAGUCUGAGGAUCGCACUGUGCAGUACAGGGUUCUGAAUGUUCCUGUCUUCGAGAAAAUCCGUCAACUAAUCCCCUCGCCAAAUGGCGCAUUCCUAGCCAUUGUUGCCGAUCGCACCGUCUUCAUCGCCGUGCUGCCUGAUCCUUCCCAUCUGUCUGGAACAGACAGCUCUCCCAUCCGCGUGAAAUCUUACCAGCUUGGCCCUACCACCCACGUCAUUCCUGAAUCGCCUGUGGUGUCGGCGCUAUGGCAUCCAUUGGGUGUCCACACCAACCUCGGGGGCUGUUUUGUGACUAUCACGGCUGAUGCUGCAGUCCGAGUGUGGGAAUUGGAUCGGAACAACCACUGGUCAUUUGACCGUCCGACCCUGGCUGUCGACCUGAGGAAGCUGGUGGACGGAACCUCAUCGGACCAGGACUUUGCGCCGUCGGGAUUCGGGAAGAACAAGGGAUUCUCGGCUGACUUUAUCGACAUGGAAGUUGCGUCUGCUUGCUUUGGUGGCAGCGGAAAUGAACGCGAGGACGCGUGGGCACCCAUGACUCUGUGGGUUGCAAUGAGACCGGGCGACCUCUACGCUUUGUGUCCGUUGUUGCCCUCCAAGUGGCGCGCGCCGUCAACGACCAUCCCUUCGUUGACUGCGGCUAUUGUUCCGAAGCUGGCUUCUUUGGAGGAGGAUCCUGCCGAGUAUGAGGAUGACCUGACUGCCUGCCGGCAGCAGUACGACUGGCUGGCCGAAAUUGAUAACCAGGAUCCUCUACAUACGGAGUUUGAUUCGGAGACGGGCUCUGGGUCAGAUGUCCUCACGCGCCCAGCCAAUCCCAGUGCGAUCCCCAGAUUACAGGGCCCGUUCCGGUUCGACACGGGAGAUGAGAUUGAUGACCUGGACCUCUGCGAUAUCCUGGUCAUCGGUGCCAAGGUCGAUCUCGAUGCGCUCAUGAUGGGCGAAGAGGUGCGCGCUCUGGAGGAGAGCGGAGAUGACCGUCUGUCCGCCACAGUCAUCUGCCUUUCGACUGGAAGCGGUAGGAUUCAUGUCUGUCUCGAGCUCGAUGGUGUUGAAGGACAGUGGCUCCCUAAGGCAAAGAAGAACGUCUUCAGCACGCCUGUCUCCGAGCCAUCCGAUCUUUUGCUCGUGGAAUCCUUGGACACGAUUAGAGGGGAGCGUGACUCGUCCAACAACUGGCCUACUUUCACAAAGGAUGCCUACUCGCGGUACAGCUUCUUCGUUACGAACACCAACAAUGUCACCUAUAUCUCUCUCACUUCCUGGGUUCAGCGACUCGAGGCUGAGCUGCAGUCAGAGGACACCGCCGGCAGCUCUUUCCGCCUGCAGAUCCUUUGCGAAGGCACUGCGUCUUUGAGAGAGCGGAUUCUUGAGGUUGAUGGAAAUGCCGCAGGCGCCAAAGACUUGACGGGCCACCUACCAGCCGCCUUGGUGUACUACGAUUACGACCUGGGCUACUUGCUACUCACAUCCCACUCCUCCACCCCUCACGCUGCCAUCUUGGACGCACCAGAGGUUCUUCCCUCCAUUGCCGAUCUCCACAUCUUCGACCCGGAGGAACAAGUCCCGGGCUCCCCCAUCCUGCCCCCUCGUCGGCCUCCAUACCAAGUCCCGGCCAUCUUCUACGCAGAGCCCCCUCUGGAGUUCUUCAUCGACAAACACGUCCCGCACCGUCAACGCCAAGCCUUGAAGGAGCAAGUUCGGCUGUCCCCUGCUACGCUGGACCUGGUUGCAGCUGCGCACCGCAUCCUGUCCGCCCACACCAACGCCCUCGAACGCGCUGCAUCAGACCUCUUCCGCCGCUGCGAGCGUUUGCAGGGCGAGAUGCGUGAUCAGCUGAAACAGCUUGCCGACGUGGCUGACCGAGUCAAGGGCGUGUCCAGCGAAAUCGGCGAAGAUGGCAAACGGAUGGAGGGGUCCCGCAACGGAGAAGCACUGGACCAGCGACUGCAGGCAGCGAAGGACAAGCAGGCACAGCUUGUACAACGCUACGAAGCACUGCGUAACAAGGUCCUGAAAUCCGGUGGCCGGCCACUCAGCGAUAAGGAGAAGUCGUGGGUUAAUGAAGUUGAGACGUUGUCGGAGUCAGUGGAUCAGCCAGAGGGCGAGGGCGACCUGACACAACGACUCGCUGCUGUGAAGGAGAUUGCCGGCGAUCUCCUCAGCGAGGCCAAGACUCUCGCAGUCAAGUCGCCCAUCGCCGCUGAACCGGGCAGUCCAGCGUCGCCAGGUGGUGCUCAACCUCGCGUUUCGGUUUCGGCACGACUACAAAAGCAAAAGGUUGCGGAUGCUAUGCUGAUGGUGGAACGAGAAUCGGCCAUCAUCGACAACAUCACAUCGCGUCUCGAACGGCUCAACACAGCGUUAUAAUGAAUACCACAGUAGUAGAAGCAUGCAUGAAAUAGCUUGUUUGGACUUGACUAGAAAUAC